AUGAAGGUUGUCUCAACUGGUGCUAUGAAAUUGAGGAAGGUAUUCACUACUCAACAGUUAAAAGACAUUUUCGGAUCUUACAUGGUCGGUUCGAAGAAGGCUCACAUCUUUGGAAUUGCAAUAGUAGAGAUUAACGCUGCCAAGGCUGCAAAAGAGAAAGAAGAAAGUGAAAAUCAGUAUGAGGAAUUUGGGGAGAGAAACGAUGUUUAA